AUGGCGUUCAAUAAUACCAACACCACCUCGGCCGAUCUCCCCCACAAGCCCACUGUGGGUGAGAAGAUCUCCGGCACCGUCAACUUUUUGAUCGGCAAAGCCACAAACACCAACAACCCCAUCAAGGUCGCCGAGGGCGAGGCCGAGAAGACUGGCGAGCCCCUCCACGGAGGCCACGCCGGUGCUUCCGAGGCCAUCCACGGCAACAAACACGCUUCGGGUCUUACUGAGAGCAACAUCCACGGCUCCGGACUCACAGGCAACAACCACAACUCCAACUCGGGCGUUCUUGGGGGCAACCACAACUCCCACACCGGUACUGGCCUCACCGGCUCCGACCCCACCAACCACACCUCUGGCGGUAUCCUCAGCGGCAACCACAACUCCGAUACCCCCUUUGGCGGCCUGACCGGCAACGCCCACUCUGGUACCGUUCUCACUGGCAACAAACACUCUUCCCACUCGGGCAUCCUCGGGGGCAACAACCACUCCUCCAACUCGGGCAUCCCGGGCGGUAACAACCAUAACCUCAACUCGGGUAUCCUGGGCGGCACCUCCAACUCCCACCCCGGUCCUGGGGAUCCCCGACGACCAUCAACUCUUCCGCUACCCCACAAGAGCUCCCGGUACAUCACUCCCCCAACCCACCAAGCGGCUCGCCCUUUUGAGCCAUACAAAGCUCAGAAGGUGUUUCGCAAAAAUCGGUUUCAUUAUAGUACCCUGCAGGACGAUGAUCUGUGUGGGCCCUCGCAGGUCGCAGCAGUGUCACAUGCGAUUCGUAUGGCACGGCGCAUUGGGCAGAGCGAGAGGGGAUUAAGGGCAGCUGCUCUGAUCCUCGACCCACCGCAAGCCGACGCCGUGGUCGCAGCAGACUUGCCUGCUCGACACGAGACAGACAAGUGGACGCUGGAGGACUAUCAGAGUGAGACCGUCGACUUGGUGCGGACAUGGUAUCGUGAGGACAGGACGACGAUAUUCGUCGACGAGAUCCAGCCGUUCGAGCCGGGUCUAGAGGCUCCAUCCGCUUGUAUACAGACGAAUCAGUCCGCCACAUCCAAGCUCGAGAUAGUCGUGAAUGAGAAGUUGGUAUCUUCUGCCGGAAAAGCUUUAAUGCAGUUUUCGGUUCGAUCCGCGCACUACACCGCAGCCGUUUUCCACCUCGGAGUAGCCAUCUUUCACGAAUUUCUUCACGGAAUUCGGAUACAUUUGGUAUCACCCUAUGAGCGGACCCCACCAAAAUUGCACUCGUCCCAACUCCACCUUACAAAAGCUGGGUCGAGAGAGGACGGUGAGAGUGUCUGGAAUGGUGAAAGUGGUUGGUUUGGGGAGGAACUGACGAUCGGGGGCUUCUUGGGUCGCAAGAUGCUGGACAAGUCGCCAGACUUUGCGGACCAAAUUGAGCACUUGGGCCUAUCCCUGGCAGGAGCCGAGAGUCCUGGCUUCCUCUUAUCAGCCGAACAUCUCGAUCUGCUGCUGGAUGAGGCCAACGACCUCGACCUUUUACUCCCCCUUCUUCCUGAGCAGGAAGCAGACUGGCUCGAAACGGGUGUAAGAGAUCUCGCUCUCAGAGGUCCGACGACAUCGGCCAAGCCGCGACUCGCGGAACGUACGCUGGACAUAACCUCGACCAGCUGUGGUUACAGCGGGACCACUGGCCUGCCUCGGGGAUCCCGAGGGACGGGUUGUCUCGCCCUAAAAGACGGAGGUGCUCCCGGUAAGCGAAGCGCCGGAGGAGCCGGGCAAGUGCAGGAGAAGGAGGAGCACGCCGAGGAGGAUCAGCCAGAUGAUGAUCAAGCGAUGAACGAGCAGGAGCCAUCUCAGUCAAAGUCGACGAUCAAAGCAGGCGGAGCGAAGGCAUCCGCAGGCAAAGCAGGAAAGCAGAGGGGGGGGAAACCGGUCGCUGGGAAGAAGGAGGAAGGGAAGGCGGAGGAGGACGCCGAGGCCAGCGAUGUCGAAUUGGAGGAUAAGGAGAAGGCCGAAGUUGGUCAUCAGUCUGAUGAUGGGGAGGACAGUCUGUUGGUAUCCCAUACAGCCGUCAAAGCACCAGCAAGGGCAAAACGGCGAGCAAGAACUCUCCCGCCAAGGCGAGUACAUGUGCCGAGGAUCUGGAGCUCUUCACUACCGAUCAAAAUGAUGCCGAGGAUGAGCUGGAGGAGCCGGCCUGCACGUGGGAAGGAUAGCGCUCCAGAAGAGGACGAUGACGAGGACGAGGAUGGACAGGCGGACGGAGAGGAAGAGGAGGAGCCGACCAAGAGAAGGAAGCCCGCAUCGCCUGCGAACGGUAAGAAGAGAGUCGCUAAGGCCGCACCAGACAGCCGCACGCCCUCCGAUAACUCAACAUCCCCCAAGCCCUCACCCGUCGACAAGAGUACCCCCGCAAUCAGAAGCGUCAUCUUCGAGGCCUUCAUCACCCCAACCUACCUCAAGUCUAUCAACUUCAAAUCCGUCGCUUCCUCCUUUGACAACGACCCCGACUCGACCAAGCUCUCCCGACACUGGCGGGAUGUCCUCUUCAAGGACCUCGCUACUCAUUUCGCUGGCAAGCCGGCCAAGAAGGCAACCAAAGCGGGCAGACUGGAAGGGGGUGGCCAAGGAGAGCAACAUGGAGGUGGCGAAGUUGCGGAGGCACUGUAA